AUAAAUGUCUUCGCUUAGGAAUCCCACAGUUGUCACUAACAAUAAUGGCAGCAGCACCAUCAACAACAACAACAACGAGUCGCCGCAGCAGCAGCACUCAUCGCUGGCCCACCAGGACGCAGGAGUGGCGGAGGCCAUUGGGUAUAUGCGAGAAUUCAGCAGCCAGGUAGACAACUACAACCAGCUAAAGUCCGAGGAGUCGCUAGUGUAUCUCCACCGCAGCAUCGCGCUGCUGGGAACGAAAGUGCAUUCGCACUAUUAUGCACCGACUCCCGGAAAUCUGGAGCUGGCUAGGUUUUUUAUGGAUCUGCACGCGCUGAUGAGUGCGCUGGACGGGGAGUGCGAGGUGCUGUGGGCAUGCGUAGCGCUGGUUCAGCACUGCAGCCGGAAUUUAGAGGCGCGUGGGGCCAUUAUCGAGAAGUACUGCUUUGUGCCGAUGUUGAGUUUUCUUUUGAAGAAAACUGAGCGCGAGGAGCGGGUAUAUCGUCUGCUGGUCCUGUUGCAGGACCUAACCUAUGGCAUACACAUCGCCUGGGAGGAGCCGUAUCUGCCAGUCCUGCUCGAGCACCUGGUAGACAUUGUCCACAAUGUGGAGGGCGACACUGACGACGCGCAACCGCCACCGCACGCCCUGCUGGCCCUUUCGAUACUGGUGAAUCUGUGCUAUAAAAAUUUCGUGGUGCUGUUCCUCUUCCUGCGCAGCGUGAACAUAUCCAGCUUCUGCAAACGGAUCAUAAACUACGGCCUGCUCGCCUACAAAAUGCUCAUCAUCCUCUCCGAAGAUGUGCACGCGUUUGAGCAGCGCGAGCUGCACACCUUCCUGCGCACAUGCUUUGCGGGUAUCGAGGAUUGCCUCAAGAACUGGAAUGUAGCCCAGUUGCGGCACAUUGUGGACUACAUGUUGGACUCCAAGGAUCAUGCGGGCCUCCAUCAGGCCAUGCUCUCCCACAGCCACUACUGCGAGGAUGUGGAAAAGCUCUUGGAUCAAAUCAGUUCGAGCUGCGCCAUGGACGACUCUCACGAGGAUACGCGAAAGCAUCAACAGAUCUGCCUUCAUCUGGUCUUUCGCCUCAUCAGCUACAUUCUAGAUCUCUCCGAGGAGCAGAGCAGUAUCAUCAGCCUGGACGCCAUCACACCGCGUCUGUACGAGUUGAUCGGCGAAUGGCUGGCCUCCGAUUUGUGCGGCGUGGCGGCCAUUGAGCUUGUCUCAACUCUGCUGCGUCGGGGCAAGGGUGCCGUUGUGGCCCAUCUGAUAGCCCGCGACCCCACCAAUAUAGUCAGCUUAGUGGCUAGUGCCGAGCGGCCCGAAACGAAGCCCGCUCAAGUCGUGGCCAUUCUGCGGCUGCUGCUGGAUCUGCUGCGCGAGUCCAAGACUGAAAAAUUGGUACUAUCGAAAAUAUCCGAGUCGUACUUUGACAAAAUUCUGGCCGCUCCGCUGUCCCUGACACCACAAUGCCUGAGCGGCCAAUCGCUGGGACAGGCCGAGGUAGAGAAGGCGAUCUUCUGUCUGCUGCUGCUCAUAAAUUUUGCCAACAUUGCCAAGAAGGCGUACUUCGAAAAGUGCUGCUCCCUGCUGGAGCAGCCGCAACUGCAGUAUGCCCUGGCCCGGGGCAUGGACAGCGGCAAUGAGCAGCUGGUGGAGGCCGUUCUACAGAUUGCCCGAUUCGAGCGCUUCCCCAAGGCAGCCGUGGCCAAGCAUGUGGCAAGCAUCAACAGUGGACGUCUCAGUUGCUCGUCGGUCGCUCCGCCCGCCGGCUGCGGCAGUGAAGCACCCAAGCAGUGGUAUAAUCUCAACACAAUCCUCAAGUGCCAUCGCACCUUCACCAACAAGGAGCUAUCGCAGCGCAUCGAGGCACUGUUGGAGAACAUAAGCGGCAUUGUCAGGCGCAAUGAACUGCAGUCGGCGCCCGUCUCUCAGGUGAUCGAGCUGUACAACCAUCGCAUAGACAGCCUCAACAGUAGCAUGCUGAAAGUGCAACAGCGACUGGAGCAGGCCAACAACCAAUUGAUUGGCAGUACACAGCUGGCCAAUGUCCAGAACGCUGAACUGGAACAGUUUCAAACCAAGAACUUUGAGCUGCUCAUCAGCCAGGAGCGACUGCAAACCCAGUGCAAGGAUCUCAAACAGCAGACUCACAAGCUGAAGAGCAACAUGAGCAACUUGCUGAAGCAACUAUCCGAGAACGAGGAUCAUUUGAAGGCCAGCGAGCGCCGCCUGGCCGUUAAGAAAUCGGAGGUGGCCAGCCUCCGAAAGGAUUGCGAAGAUCUGAAAACAAAUCUGAGCUCAAAAAGCGACGAGCUCAUUAAAUUGGAGGCCCUCAGCAAGGACAGCAUUUCACGCAUCGAUAAACUGAAGAAAUCCGUGUUGGCUUAUGAGCAGGACAUCAAGGAGAAGGUGCGCAGCAUUGAGGAGCGUGAUCGUGAGCUGGCCAAAACGCACAAGAGCCUCGAGGAGCAGCGCGAGGGUCGCAAAAAGUGUGAGGAUCUGGUCUCCGUGCUGGAAACGCAGCUGCAGGAGAAGAAGGAGCAGAUCGAGCAUCUGGAGACGGAGCUCAAGGAAACUGAGGACAUGCGCAAGACCAUCAUGAGUCUGAUGGAAAGCAAAAAGCCCAAGCGAAAGAAUUGAUCCUUCCGCUCCGUACAUUCGAUAUUGGACAUCUUAGCUUAGUGUCGAGUGUCGCCCUAAGUAAGCAAUCUAAUUUACACUCGUAUUUUUUUAUUAUUUUAUAUAUUUAUAUACACUUCACUGCAUUUUU